AGGAAAAUGUAAUGGAAACUCUUAUAAGCCAAAAGCAUGUUAGGAAUAUCUCACUUUUUCUUCCAAGUUGGUUCCGUCGAUGCUAAGCAAACCUUCAUGAUCUCUAUUUUUAAAGGGUGUGUGACAUUUUGGCCAUUGACUGACUAUACAGAAGAGAAGAAGGAACUGACAGAAUGGAGAAGACUGCGGUGAAGAAGAAAGAAGUUCCAGGUCGACGCUUAGUAGAUUUGGUACUCUCUUGGUCUAUCGAAGAUGUUCGCAAUGAAGAUCUUUACAAAAACCAGGUGAGACAGAUCCCACUUAAAUUUUCCUCAACAACAGAAUACAUGAAUUCAUUCACUUAUCCACUUAUUGAGGAAACACAUGCUGACUUGUUAUCAAGCAUGUCAACACUGCAUCUAGCGCCUAGUUGUGAAAUAUCGUCAUUCAAACAAACCAAGGAUUUUAAACCACCCAAAGACUUUUUUUACCUUGUUACACUUAAAAGUGUGAGUGGAUUACAGAAGAAUGGAGGAUAUGAACCUAUGGUUGGAGACAUCAUUGCCUUGACAAAUGUAAGACCAAAAUACAAUGAUUUAGACAGACCCAACAGAGCCUUUCUUGUUGCUUUUGUUCAAAAGGUGAAAGACGACAAUAUUCUUACAAUAUUAGCCUCAAAGCCCAUCUUGGCUCUAGAACAAGAGAAGAAGAAGAGGGAAACUUUUUAUGCUAUUUGCCUGAUAAACAUGACCACAAAUAUCCGUAUAUGGAGAGCAUUGAACUCUCAGCUGGAAGGAAAAAACUUAGAUAUCAUUGAAAAAGUGCUGCAACCAAACUCUGCAGUAGCAAAAAUUUGUACUUCGUGCAAUUCUGAAAACAAUUGCAGUACUACCUAUGCAGAUGUGAGGUCCAGAAUCUGCUCCUCUGAUUUAAAUGACUCCCAGAAAGCUGCAGUUCUUAGCUGUUUGGAAACUAGGAAAUGCAAUCAUCAGAAUACUGUCAAACUAAUAUGGGGUCCGCCGGGAACUGGGAAAACCAAGACAGUUGGUUAUUUACUAUUAUAUCUACUUAGAAUGAAAUGCAGAACUCUUACUUGUGCCCCGACGAAUACUGCAGUUUUGGAAGUGACCCAGCGGCUUCUAAAGAAUGUGACAGACUCACUUGAAUAUGAUACUUAUGGGCUUGGAGAUAUACUUUUAUUUGGAAAUGGGGAGCGGAUGAAGAUUGGUGAUCGUCAUGACCUUCUUGAUGUAUUCCUUGAUAACCGAGUUACUAUACUAUAUGAAUGCCUUCUUUCAUCAACAGGCUGGAAAGAUACUUUACUAUCAAUGAUUACUUUGCUCAACGAACCUAAACAACAAUAUCAUUUUUACCUGAAAAAUAGAAGAGUGGAAGACCUUGAGGAGAAUAUAAAUGAAGGAAAAUCUAAAAAUAAAGAAAUAGAUAGGAAUCAAGGGAAGGAGGCUGAUGAUCAAUCCGCCAAAGACAAGAAGAGCAAGAAAAAUCUGAAGAAAGUUAUCACUCAAACCUUAAAUGAAAACAAAAACAAGAAAAGACAGAAACAGAAGGUGCCUUCGUGGAAUGAAAAGGGCUUAGAGCAUGAGGAAAAACAAAGGGAGGAUAGUUCUUCCCAAGAAAAGAAAAAUGAAGGACAGGUAGCCAAUGAAUGUGAUAACCCUUUGACAUUUGUGGAGUUCGUACAGAAGAGAUUCAAAUGCAUUUCAAAACGUCUGACAUUUUUUAUGGAAAAUUUAUAUACACACUUACCUACUUCUUUUAUUUCAUUAGAAAUGGUAAAGAAGAUGAUCAAAGCUCUUGAUCUUCUCAAAUCUCUUGAAACUUUGUUGGGUGCUGUUAGUGUUACUGAUAAAGGGUUCUUAGAGAAAGUCUUCAGAAAAAAUGUAGGAAGCGGACUUGGUCACUUAAGGGAGUUGAGUAUUGUGAAAAAUGAGUGCCUUCUUAUCCUCAGAUCACUUCCUCAAAAAUUCCAUGUUCCAAAUUUUGAAAGCGAGUAUGCUAUAAAAAAAUUCUGCCUGCAAAAUUCUUGUCUGAUUUUCUGCACUGUAUCAAGCUCUGCUAAAGUGCAUGAAGUAAAGACUGAUUUGGAACUACUGGUUAUAGAUGAAGCUGCUCAGCUUAAGGAAUGUGAAUCAACCAUUCCUUUACAACUUCCUGGCCUCCGCCAUGCUAUUCUCAUUGGGGAUGAACGUCAACUGCCUGCGAUGGUUCAAAGCAAGAUUUCUGAGGAAGCUGAAAUUGGAAGAAGUUUGUUCCAGAGGCUGGUAUUGAUAGGACACAAGAAAGACCUUCUUAAUGUCCAGCAUAGGAUGCAUCCAUCCAUAAGCUUAUUCCCAAAUAGGAUGUUCUAUGAAAAUCAUAUUUUGGAUGGCCACAAUGUCAAAGGAAGAAGCUACGAGAGGCAUUUCCUUCAGGGGAAGAUGUAUGGCUCCUACUCUUUUAUAAAUGUAGCACAUGGAAAAGAGGAAUUCGAUAACAGCCAUAGUCUGAAAAAUAUGGCUGAGGCGGCUGUGGCAUCUGAGAUAGUUUCAAGCCUUUUCAAAGAAUCAGUUCGCACAAAGAAGAAGGUUAGAGUUGGUAUCAUCUCACCAUACAAGGCUCAAGUUUUUGCAAUUGGAGAGACGGUGAAGAAGUACAAUGCAGAUUCUAAUGAUGACUUCUCCAUUAGUGUUCGCUCUGUUGAUGGGUUCCAGGGUGGUGAGGAGGAUGUGAUAAUUAUCUCUACUGUCAGAUGUAAUAAGAACGGAAUAGUUGGUUUUCUUAAAAAUCAUCAAAGAACAAACGUGGCACUAACGCGUGCAAGGUAUUGCCUUUGGAUAUUGGGAAAUGAAGCAACUUUAACUAAGAAGAACACUAUUUGGAAGAAAUUAGUCAAUGAUGCCAAGAAACGGAAGUGUUUCUACAAUUUCAAUGAAGACAAGGGUUUGGCUGAUCCUGUAUUGUCCCUUUCAAAACCGUUAGCUUCACUCAGUCUGAGGGAUGAGUCAGAAUCAUCAUCUACAACUAAUAGAAUUAAUUCAAAGCACACAACUGGGAGAAGUGUUGUUACAGAUAAAUGGGUAAGAAUUCUGCCUGAUGACUAAUCAGACUUUCAGAUAGUGGAGACCUCUAGAGAAUCCACAAGAAUGGUUUCGCAGGAGGAGAGGAGUUGCUGUGCACAAGAAAGACACAAAAUGGCUUAUGCAGUCUCUUACUUAUUACGAGGUUUUUAGUUUGCAAAGAUACAUGUUAUAAUCAGUACACAAAACUCUUACUGGCAGUUGAGUAAUUAAGUACACUUGUUUAAAGACAAAUGCCUUUGAGAGGGCGGAAAAAACAAAACAAAUUGUUUAAGCAAAAUGUAAAAAUGGUGUGAAUAUAUUCAGGAAGUUUCAGUUGGUUGUUAUAAUA